AUGAGAAAGAAUAUAACGAAAAGGAGUUCAGUUAUGGGAACUUACAGGCCAGGCGUCGGGGUGGGGCGAUCGUCUGCCUCUUCUCCGCUGGUGGGACGUCAACACCGGAUGGUUGAUUGUCGGUUGGGUAUGAAAGAGAGUCGUUUUGAGCGACCGGUGGUCGAAGGCAUUCACUUCGUUACCGAUCACAUCGCCGAUUGUAACAUUACACCGAUAGAGAUGGAAGGGUAUGUGUGGAAGGAAGAAAGAGAUGGAGGAAGAAUGUGGAAGAAACAUAUUUGCAGCAAAUUAGUUUUCUUUGAUAUCAUUUUCAACCGAUGGAGCUACGAUGAAGUGAUGAACGUUACUAUCUGGAUUCUUAAAUUUGAUUGGCAUUGUGCCUUUCAGUAG